AUGACAAGUCCUAGACGUAUAAAAAAGAGUGGUCAGUGCAUAGCAACACAAGUGGAUUGGGAUUCACCUUCAACUGAAACAGGAACAGUUAUACGAAGAUCUUCUUGUCCCGAAAAUACAACUAAAUAUUCUGUUGCAACACAAAAUUUUAUUGAAGAAGUGGUUACACCAUCAGAUUCCGAAGCUGGUGCUACAAGAAGUUUAAAUGAAGAGACUACAAAUCCCCUCUUAGAUGUAGAACAAAGAAUAUCAUGUAUUAUAAAUGAGAAUCGAAGUUCACAGAGCAAUUCCGAAAGUGAUGUUGAAGCUAUAAUAAAUACAAUUUUUGAAGAACCAAAGGAAGAAAGUUCAAUUGAAAGUCAAUAUGCUGUUGUUAAACGCGACCGAGGUAAAACUUUUAUUAAAUCAAGCGAAACAAAAUCCAAAUUUAUACAUAAUUUGAAACAAGCAUCAUGUAAUAUAACUUUAGAACACAAUCAUAAAGCAAAGCCUUUACAAAAAUUAAACAAAUCUUUAGAUAAAGUAAAAAAUUCUAUGAUAUCCAAAGACACAAUCAAAAUUGAAAGUAAGUCAAGUGUUCUACCAGUGUAUAAAAGUAAAAUUAUUGAUCAAUCUAUAGCUUUUAAUGAAGAUAAACAAAGGAAAAAGGUAAUUUCAAAACUAAAGUUGCCUUUUUCACCUUCCCGAGUAAUGGAAAGACCAAAGCCAAACUUUUUACAAGAUAAAACACAAGCGAAAGAUGCUAAACCUCAAUCAUUAUUAGCCACUCCUGUUAGAAGAACAAUAUCAAACGAAUAUGUACGUUUGAAAUUUACUAAUGACACUGUUGUCCGUCGAACUAUCGAUGGAAAAUCCAUACCAAAAAUAACGCCCAAAAUUCAGUCCAUAAUUCCUGAAAGCCCAGUAGAUAGCGAAGAUCCAUUCCUCAAUUUAAGCCCAAAUAAAAAAUAUACAGUUACCGUGAACAAUAAAGUGAGAUGUGACAAAGAUAAUUAUGUUAUAUUUGAUCCUAAGACGGGUUUUAGUGCGGAUCGAACUAAAUCACGUAUACCCAGUGGAAAGACAACAGAAAAGUCUAAAAUUCCACUCAAACCACCAAGUGAUAGAUCAAUAAGUGAACCCAAAGUAAGUGCAAGUGAUUCGGACAGUGGUAUAUUGUCGCCAAACUCUCCUGGUGAUGGCAAGCAAUACUAUGUUAAUGCUGCUGUCUUUAGUGAAAGUGCCAAGAACCGUGCAGCAGAUUUGGAUAUCAGAAUCGUCGACCCAGAUGUGGCUAAAAAGGCAACAGAACAAAUUAAGGUCAGUUUUAUUUAUUACUCAUUUAACUUUUAA